AAACACACAUGCACACACACACAUGUAUAUAUUCACUCACACACACACCCCUCCUCCUGCCAGACUCCCAGGCCAAGCAGCGUCGCCAUACGGAACAUCCUGCCCUCAACGGAGAGGGGGAGGAGAGAGAGAGGGUAGAGAGAGCCUGCGUGCGUACUGCGAGAGAGAAAGAGAGAGAGACGAGGUCUGGCGUCUCCCGGUAGUAAAUCUAUCAGGGCUCGAGCACAAAAACUCGGAGAAACAGACAGAGAAGAGGCCUCGCGGAAAUCCCACUGCUUUACCGGUGACCGGGAGCAGCAACGGCAGCAGCAGCGCGUGAAGCCUUGGAUUAAAAAAAAAGCCCGACUACAAGGACGGAUGGUCGCGCGAACGGGCGGCGCGCUCUGAAGUUGGACCACCGAGACACCGAGAGCAAGCGGCGGCAGCUUUUGUUCACCCACCCCCUACCCCCCUCACCUCCCCGAACCCCGUGAAGGCAGCGGCGGCACCGGGAGGCUGUGCCCGCGCACCCCUACCAUGAAGCUGCCUUGGCUGUUGGCGCUGACGGCGCUGCUUGCUCACGCCGCCACGGCACAGACGUGGUCACCGGUUGAUGACGAAGGCUCGACAAGAGACGACUUCUUUGAUGAUGAGGACCUCUACUCUGGCUCCGGCUCUGGCUUUCCUGAGGUCAGUAUGAGGCCGACAUCGGUGGGCGUGUCCUUCACCACAGAAGAGCCCCUCCUCCUCUCUACCACCCAGGCCACCAGCCCCGCCCCCUCGGCCUCCCCAGCUGCCGAGCCCAGCCCCAACCCUGAGGACCCCACCGCCACUCCGCUGCCUACUGAGGCCGACGGUGAGAGUGGUGCAUUCUGGGAGAGAGAGCUGGAGAAGGAGAGAGAGAGAGAGAGGGAGCUGGAGAAAGAGAGAGAGAGGCAGAGGGAACUGGAAAGGGAGCGAGAGAGGGAGAAACAGCUGGAGAGAGAAAGAGAGAGGGAGAGAGAGAGGGAACGGGUCAGAGAGCUGGAGAAAGAGAGGGAGAGGGAGAGAGAGCGCGAGAGGGAGAGAGAGCGAGAGAGAGAGCGGGAGAAAGAGAGAGAGAGGCAGAGAGAGCGUGAGCUUGAAAGAGAGAGAGAGCUGGAGAGAAUCAGGGCCGCCGCUGCCGACCAGACCACCACCGCCCCGAGGUCACCCGCCGCUGUUCCUGUGACCACCAACCCUUCGACCAGCCCCGCAGAAAGUGCAGCGCCCUCUGCCGGUUCAGAUGACCUGAGCACCACAGAAGAAGAAGAGGACAUGUACCUGUCGCCCGAGCCCACCUCGUUUUACCCUGGCUUCGACAUGGACACCACCACAGAAGAAGACACACCCACUGCAGCAGAGACCACACCUGAAGCCACGACAGCUGCCUCUACCACCACCACCACCACUGUCAGGACCAGGGUCCCCUUCAGACCCUGGGUUCCCAUGACGACAGCCACUCAGGUGAUGCCAACAGAGAGAACAACCCGCCCACAGCAGCCCACAGCUACACAGGAGGCUACCAACGAGGUGGGUGCUGCAGGGCCAAGUGGAGAUUUUGAGAUCCGUGAGGAUCGCCGCAACGAUCUUGGUCGUGGUAUAAUGCCAGUGAAUCCUGAUCUGGACGGAAACACAGUGGACGGAGGAAGCUCUGCCGCCCAGCUGCCACAGAAGAACAUCUUGGAGAGAAAAGAGGUCUUGAUAGCGGUGAUAGUGGGAGGCGUGGUGGGCGCCUUGUUCGCCGCCUUCCUGGUGAUGCUGCUGGUGUACAGGAUGAAGAAGAAGGACGAGGGCAGCUACACGCUGGAGGAACCUAAACAGGCCACCGUCACCUACCAGAAACCAGACAAGCAGGAAGAGUUUUACGCAUAACACUCGUACGCCAGAGAGACACACCGCACACGGAGGGAGAGAGAAAGAUGGAGAGAGAGAAGAGGGAAAGAUAACUUUAAGCUUCCUGUCCUCCUCCUACUCCUCCUACUGCUCUUCUUCGUUGCUCCCCCCUCAUCUGUUCAUCCUCUCCUCAUCCCUCUCUCCUCUCAUCUUGAAAAUACUUGAGAGCGCCUUUCUCUCUGCGGACUUGGAACUUUCUUUUCAAUGAAAACGAAAAAGAGGACAAAAAAAAGAAAAAAAAAUCCAAAUAUAUUCUGAAAAAAUAACACAUACACACGAGAUGUUUUUAAAGUAAAUGUUGUUAUUAAUAUUCUACAGAUUCUCUUGUUCUGUAUGUAAUGAUAUGAUUAUUUUGUAAAAAAACAAAACAAAACAAAACACAAGCGCUUAACCUGUGUUUUCCGGCACAAAAAAGAGUUCCUCUUCUGUUUUUAAGGAGCGAAUGAAAAGGCUCAAAAGAAAGAGGAGAGGAGAGGGGUGGAGCGAGCUGAGCGAGACACAAAAGAAAAAAAAAAGAGAGCGGUGGACUCGACUCUGCCCCUCACCCCCCCGAAAAAAACACAGAGCGUCUGGUUGGCCGCACAGAGCCCAGGGUCAAAGGUGAGAGGAAAGGUCUCUUUUGUGCCUUCCAUCCCUCUGGUGCUCAAAGACACGCUAAUGCACAUACAUACAGCCCCACAAACACACGCUUCCACACACAUGCUCAUGCAUACACACACACACUUGUAUCUGCUUGAAGGUGGCUCUGACCUCUCUCUCUGUGCUCGGCCAACCAGAAGACGGUGCUCAACCCUCGGCGUGUUCCACAGCGUCGAGGAGCCGCUGUGGAAACACUGGCUGGUCGCAUCAAGGUUUUGCUCCGCGACCCGUCUGCUCCUCUAAGCUGUACAAAGACUAGUUACGGAUAGUAAUAAUAAUCAAUAAUAUAUCAAUGUUUUGGGCUGGAUGGUGAACAAUAAUAAUAAUAAUACCGUGAUAAUAAUAAUAAUAAUACUUAAACAGGAGGAUGUGUAUUUAGCAGUUUUAAAAAAAAGUUUAUAUGUAAAUAUUGUAUCCUUUCUGGCAUCACUAACCAUCUGCAUGAUCAUGAAGAGUUUUUAUUCAUCACAUCUGUCAUCACUUUAGAUGAGCUGUGCUCUCGUCAACCACAUCCACACUCGUGCGCACACACACAAACACACACACACACACACACACUUACACACACACACAAUAAACACACACAUAUGCAAAGAUAUACUUUCUGUGCAUUGAAACACACCACACAGACUUUAAAUAUACCGUAGAUCAUAUCAUCUAAACACAUAUCAACCCCAUCAUCAUCAUCAUCAUUAUCGUCAUCGUGAUAGUCAUCACUUUUGAUACGAGCGAGAUCAGGUGGUUUCAAUAUGUUAUUGAUUAGUUAUCGAUCAGUUUGCCGGUGGGUUUAGAGUUUGGUCUGUUUGUGUAAAAGCACAACUAUGUGUCCAAUCAUCAUCUGAUACCCCCGCUCCUCCUCCUUCCAAAAUCACAUCAUGUGAUAUCCCACCCCGGCCCACACACCCUUUGCAUGCCUCACUUUGUUUUUCUUCCACCAUUGGCUCUCUGUUUUUUGGGAUGGGAGGGGCCUCUGGGAAGCAUGGGGAGGGGCUUUAAUGUAAAACAGGAAGUGAGGAUCUGCGCAGGAGGUUGCUCCCACAUGCACUAAUUCAGUCAAAAGGGUAACUUAAAUCAUGAUUAAAGCGAUUGGUUAUGAAAGGAAAAAAAGAAAGACUUUGAAUCAGUGUUUGUGGUGACAACUUUAACCUGUGGGAACUUUUUUUUUUGGUAGGGGUGGGGUGCUGAGGACCGGGUACUGGGUUUAUGAUUCGGUUUGGGAAGGGGAAUGUGAGAAGACAGGAGGGCUGUGCUUCUAUCUAAGAGAUUGUAACAAUAACCACACCAGUGCGACUGGGCUAGUAGCUUCUAUUAUACUCAGUACUGUAGAACAAAAAUGCAUGGGAGUCAAAACUAUACUAGUCUGGGUGUGUGUGGAUGCCCGUGUGUGUGUGUGUGUGUGUGUGUGUUUUUGUCUGUGUGUAUGUCUGAAAGAAAAAAAGAGGGGUGAGUUAACGCUGGAAUGUACUGUGGUUGAGUGUGUGUUUACCUACUCCAGCCGUUCUCACGCUCUUCCACAGACAGGUAACACACCUCUUCCACCCCUGUGUGUGUACGUCGCCUGCCCCCUCACCAGUAUGAGAACAUGUACGCGUGUGUGUUUGUGUGUGUGUCUGCACCUCAUCUAAACCCGCCACCUGUAUGUAUGUGUGUGUGUGUGUACGUAUGCCCGAGUGCUUCACCUUGGUAUUUCACAGCAGACUCUUGUGUACACUGACUAGCCUGUCGAUGUGUGUGUCUGCGUGUGUUUAGUCCGUUCACUGCUGAAUGUGGGGCAGCUGGUCCCUCACAGUGGCUUUCACACACACUGACUGUGUCUUUUCACUGUCUGUCUGUCUGAGUCUGUCUGUCUGUCUCUCCGCCGCAGGACAGACGGACAGACGACACGCCACUUUCUCACAGGCAGGAAUGAUCUUAACACGUACUGUCUUUUCUAAAGUGACUGUCAAAGUGUAAACAUGUGCGUUUGUACCCAUAUAAGCCUGCGUAGCCAAAUAAAGACGUGUGUAUGUGUGUGUGUGUGUGAGAGAGAGAGAGAGAGAGAGAGAGAGGGUGAAUUUGUAUGUGUUUGAGUGUAGGUAUGCAUAUGUGAGUGAGUGUGUGUGUAUGUAUGUGUGUGUGUGUGUAUGUGAAGCCUAAUGGAGGCUACACUACUCUAUGUUUGCUGUUCCCAUUCCUGUUUUUAUACAUUUGCAUUUUUUUAAGGCUGAGUUUCUGUCAUUGGCUGAGUGAGCGAGAGGAGGCGGAUCCUCCACGCCACCGCCCUGUCACUAAUCUGCCACUCUGUUCCAAAUAAAAAAAAAACCUGAUUGGGUAAA